GUUGUAGUGUUUUAAUGUCCAUGUUUCGUAUUCGUUUCGUGAAUUUGUUGAUUCUCUAAAAUUUGAAAUUCUUGUUAGAAAUUAUUAUAAAUAAUUCAUUUGUUAUAUAUUAGAUUUAAUUAUUAUGAUUUUUAAGUUGUUUUUUUAAUUAAUUUUAUAUAUAAUAUUAUUAUUGAUGUUAAUUAUUAGUAUAACAUCGCAUUGUUUAGUCAAAAGGUUAGAAAAAAUAAAAAAAAGAAAAUGUAUAAAUACAGAUAGCUUUAAAAUGAAAUAUUUAUUUGCUUUAAUUUUAUAAUUAAAUGUUAAUUUUAAAUGUUAUUAUUAUUAUGAAUUUCUUUGAUGAUGUUAAAAAGAAAAUUUUUUUCUGACUAAUCUUUGUAAAUGAACAUUUAUCUUUCUUUUUAUUAUAAAAUUACUCUUUAAUUUAUUAAUUAAUUAUCAAUCAUGAUUAAGGCUAUAUUAGUAUUUAAUAAUCAUGGAAAGCCUAGACUUUCUAAAUUUUAUCAAUAUUUUAAUGAGGAUAUGCAGCAACAGAUAAUAAAGGAAACAUUUCAACUAGUUUCAAAGAGAGAUGAUAAUGUUUGUAAUUUUUUAGAAGGUGGAAGUUUAAUUGGUGGAUCUGAUUAUAAAUUAAUCUAUCGACAUUAUGCUACGUUAUAUUUUGUAUUUUGUGUUGAUAGUUCAGAAUCAGAGUUGGGAAUUUUGGAUUUAAUACAAGUUUUUGUUGAAACAUUGGAUAAAUGUUUUGAAAAUGUAUGUGAACUUGAUCUUAUUUUUCAUGUAGAUAAAGUUCAUUAUAUACUUAAUGAAUUAGUGAUGGGUGGAAUGGUUUUGGAAACUAAUAUGACUGAAAUACUUACAAGAAUUGAAGAUCAAAAUAAAUUGGAAAAACAAGAGGCAGGAAUCACAGCAGCGCCGGCGCGUGCUGUUUCUGCUGUCAAGAAUAUGAACAUACCACAACAAAUAAAGGAUAUGAAGUUGCCUGAUUUACCACAAGCUAUAAAAGAUCUUAAAUUCUGACCAGCCGUUACUUCGUUGGCUCCAAGCUGACUGGUUUCAACUGUAAUUCCAAAUGAAAAUGAUAUUACAAGGGUUUUUUCCCUUUCCUUCAAGCAAACGAAAAUGCAUCAAUAUUAUCCACAAAUUAUUCUUUAUAUUUCAUCUCAACAGAAUUAAUCAAUGAAGAUUUUCAAAGAAGAGGAUUUGUGCUAUGUAUAUAUUUGAGAAAGUUACUAUCUGAUUUUAAAAUUAAGAAUUUGGAUUAUUGGAAGUAUUAUGUUCAAUAUAUAAAAGAAAAGAGGUAAAAAAUUUAUAAAUCUAGAAAAUAUAUUUUAUUAAUUACAAAAGUUACAUUAUUAUUUUUAUAUAGAAGAAUUAUUUUUCAUUAAAGAAAUUGCAUUUCUACUAUUAUUUUUUAACAAUAUACUUGAUAGUGAUAAUUUAUUUGUAUUUAAUAAGUAAGUAAUUUACUUCCAUUUAUUAAUAAUAAAAUUAUAUUGUAUGAAACAAAAUGAUAUAAUAAAUAUUACAAUAAUUCAUGACAAA